UAUAACAAUCAGCCUCAGAAAUUUUCUAUAUAUUUAUGAUAAUAAUACUAUUUUAGGCUCAUGAUCGGUCUAGUAUAUACUCAAUCUUUUUCACCUCUGCUUCUCUUGUAAUCAUGUAUCAGGUUUUAGAUGCCUAGAUCAAUUGUUAAACAUUAUCCUCUCAUUUCACCACCGCGAAUUUUGAUGACGAAACAGUUAAUAGAUGAUGAUAAUACGUAUCCGAAUCUUCCUAAUGAUGCAUCAUCAAGCGGAGAAUCUAAGUAUGAUCAGGAGAGUGGGGCUAGUUCAGGUUUGAAAAAUGCAGAUAUAGUUUCUAAGAGAAAUGCGAUUUUUUCUUGCACCUUACCUUUCCGGAUAGAUCCAACUCUGGCUCGCAUAAUUGCAGCAGAAGCAUUAGGGAGUUUCAUUUUAAUUUUCUGUAUUUGUGGUAUUGUCGCGAUCACGCAAAUAAUGCAUGGCCAAGUAGGACUACUGGAAUAUGCAGUGACAGCAGCUUUGACAGUAAUUGUAGUAGUUUUCUCCAUAGGAGGCAUUUCUGGAGCUCAUAUUAACCCUGCUGUCACAAUUGCUUUCGCAGCUUCUGGUCCGUUCCCAUGGUCCAAGGUUCCGCUUUAUAUAUUGGCACAAAUAGUUGGUUCUGUGGCGGCUGCAUUCAUAGGAAAAUUGGUUUAUGGCAUAAAAGCAGAACUUAUGAUGACACGGCCAAUGCAAGGAUACGUUUCAGCAUUCUUCGUGGAGCUCAUCGUGACCUUCAUCAUCUUGUUUGUCACCUGCGCCAUAAUCAAUGAAGCUCAAACAGUUGGACCAUUAGCUGGAAUUGUUGCUGGAGUAGCCAUUGGACUUGGAGUGUUGAUCACAGGACCGGUAUCAGGAGCAUCAAUGAAUCCCGCCAGAUCACUGGCACCUGCAAUUAUUUCAUGGAAGUUCGAUGAUAUAUGGAUUUAUAUAUUAGCACCAACUAUAGGAGCCGUCACAGGCGCACUUUGUUACCGUGUUCUAUGUCUUCAUUGCAAAGUUAAUUAUAGGAUUGCUGCUUCGCCUGCUCCGACGUUACCAACUAAUGUAACUUCUUGAUGUUCAGAGUUUAGGUUCAUGAUAAAAAUAGUGAUCAAAUGCACAUUGAAUCGCGAUGAAAUUAGGCAAACAGGCUCAUCUUUGGCUUUCAGUGCUUGAUCAUAGGACUUGUAGCAAACUGAUCUUUACUUGUACUGAAUAAUAGAGUUACCAGAACAUGUAUGUGUGCUCAGAUCUUUAUUUGUUGUUA